AUGGUGAAUUUAUGCCCAGCUCCGCCAAGCACAGACCGAGGCAAACAGACAGCUCAACUCGAAAAUCAAAUCCAGCCAACAACAAAAGUUCAACAACCUUACGCAAAGUACACGAGAGCCAGCCCACCCACACCAGUCCGAGCUCCAAAGGGAUUGAAUUUUGUCCCAACCACCAAAACCAUACCCAAGGAUGACUUCAUCGUAGACAUCGAAGAAGGCCUACAACAAUUAGCACCCGGGGGCCACAUCGACUACCUCCGCCACCAGAUAGCAUCCCUACUGGACAAAGCACAACCCCAACGAACCAACCUAACUAAAGAAGAAAGCAGAGCCCUGGCCGAACUGAAGAAAGACAAGUCCAUAACCAUAGCACCAGCUGAUAAAGGAAAAGCCGCAGCCAUUCUUGACAAAACAGAUUUUAACAAACUGGUAGACAACUUACUAACAGACCAGUCCACAUACCGAACCCUGAAAACUGACCCCACCAACAAGUUUGACCGGCAACACAGAUCCCUCCUGAACCAACUCAAAACCAGUGGUGAGAUCACACCUGAAAUCCAACGUAAGUUAACAGUGCAACACCCCCGUGCACCGUAUGCCCGUGCAACCAUCAAAAUCCACAAGGACCCUGUAAAAGCCAGGUUACUGAUAUGCUCCAGAGGAACUGUCUUCUAUAACACUGCCCAGUACCUCACGAGACUACUAUCACUAUGGUCUAAGGCUGCCGACUCCUUUAUCAAAGACUCAGCUGACUUCUGUAACAAAAUACGUCAGAUCAAUGAACCCUGCAAACUUGUGAGCUACGAUGUUAUUGACCUAUUCACCAAUGUCCCAACCAGCCAAGCCCUAGAUGUCAUAAGAGACAAGAUAACAACCACUCCACCGACGACAUCCCUAUCCCCAGAUAAUAUCAUCCGCCUACUGGACUGUUGCCUGUCAUCCACUUACUUCACUUGGGGUGACACAAUUUAUGAGCAGAUCCAUGGCCUCCCCAUGGGAUCCCCACUAUCCCCGAUUGUCUCCGAGAUCUACCUAACUGAACUAGAGAACAAAGCCUUAGCCACGUCACCCAUCCAGCCCAUCUAUGUCCACGUGAAGAGAACAGCGGACGCUCUCCAAACCACAGUGUACCGCAAACCGACCCACUCCGACCAGUACAUCCACUACAAGUCCAACCACCCGCCCAAAACCAAGACCGGCAUCAUCUCCACCCUCACAAAGAGAGCUAAACUCAUCUGUAAUAGCAACUUAGAUGAAGAGAUCCAACACCUGCGCACAGUUUCCGCCCACCUGAAUGGAUACCCAGCAGACCAAGUAAAUAAAACCAUCCAGAAGUCCUCGCAACCUGAACACAAUCAACAGUCUAGAGUCCACGUGGAAGGCCCCGGUAUACGAAUCAACCUCCCCUACAUAGGUCCAACCAGCCACAAAAUAGCCCGCCUAAUAAAACAGACAACUGGAAUAGAAACAGUCUUCAGAAGCCUGACCACACUAAAGACCCACCUACAUGCCACAGGAAAGAAGACACCAACCAAACCCCAGCCUCCCAAAGGAGUUGUCUACCAAUUAAAAUGCAGCUGCAACAACUCCUACAUAGGUGAAACAGGCAGACCGCUUCAAACCAGAAUUAAAGAACACCAAUCAUCAGUACAGAAACUUGACUCCAAAUCUGCCAUAUCUGACCACAUACAUGAAAACCCAUCCCACAACAUCAACUGGAAUACAGUCAGGACACUUAACAUGAAUCAGCCCCAUUGGAAGAAACGAAAACUACAGGAAGCCAUCCAGAUUAAGAGAUUAAAGCCCAGCCUGAACAGAGAUCACGGCAUCUACCUCCCCUCAGCUUAUGAUCUGCUAAUCCUCCAAACCGCUCAGGAACCCCACCGAGCCUAG